CUAUUAAACUAAAAUACAAGAAGCAUAACCCUCAAACACAGCUGCCCACAGGAUUUGAAAAAGAGAAGCAAAAGUAAAGGUAAAGAAAAUCUCCCUUUUGUAUCUCUGGUUUGCCGAGACAUGGCCAUCUCGGACAUCUCUUUAGACUCCGAGACACCAUUCCUUGAGGACGCCGUGGAGGGUGUUGUGGACUACAGAGGUGUUCCAGCCAAGAGAUCUAGAUCUGGUGGUUGGAGGUCUGCCUCUUUCAUCAUCGGUGUGGAACUGGCGGAGAGGAUUGCUUACUAUGGCAUAUCAUUCAAUCUUAUAAGCUAUCUUACGGGGCCACUGGGGCAGUCCAUGGCCGUGGCUGCCCAGAACGUUAAUACAUUUAGCGGGGCUGGGUGUCUACUCCCUUUGCUUGGGGCAUUCGUUGCAGAUUCCUUUCUGGGUCGAUAUCGCACUAUUGUUAUUGCAUCUCUUCUCUACAUCCUGGGACUAGGCUUGUUAACCCUGUCGGCUAUGCUUCCUUCUCUGAUCCCUUCCUUCUGCCAAAACAUUGACAAUCCUCCCCAGUUCCAAGUAGUCUUAUUCUUUUUCUCUCUAUAUCUAGUAACAAUUGGCCAAAGUGGGCACAAGCCUUGCACUCAGGCUUUUGGAGCUGACCAAUUUGAUGGACAACAUCCAGAGGAGUGCAAAGCUAAGAGCUCGUUCUUCAACUGGUGGUAUUUUGCUCUAUGCAGUGGUAUUUCAGUAGCUUUCUUGAUCUUGAGCUACAUUCAAGAAAAUCUUAACUGGGUUCUUGGAUUUGGAAUCCCCUGCAUUGUCAUGGUGGCAGCGCUGCUCCUUUUCUUGCUUGGAACUAAGACUUACCGUUAUAGUAUCAACACCAAUGAGGAAAACCCAUUUGUGAGAAUUGGCAAGGUGUUUGUUGAAGCAACUAGGAAUUGGAGAACCAUGCCAUCACUGAAAACUGCAGAGGAGGUUGCUGGAGAGACCCUGCCUCACCAUGGUUCCCAUCAGUUCAAUUGUGACAGGUUUCUCAGCAAGGCCUUGCUUACACUAGACUGUUCGAAGGAGGAUGGAAAGGCAUGUAGCUUCAGUGACGUUGAAGAAGCGAAGGCAGUUCUAAAGCUGUUUCCCAUAUGGAUUACUAGUUUGGUGUUUGGUAUCUUGCCAGCACAAUUAUCCACUUUCUUUACCAAGCAAGGAAUUACUAUGGAUAGAUCAACUGGCUUGGGUUUUGACAUACCGGCUGCUUCACUUCAAUCCUUGAAUACCACCACCAUUGUCAUCUUCAUUCCCAUAUAUGACCGCAUUUUGGUUCCUAUUGCAAGACAUUUAACCAGGAAGCCUUCUGGCUUAUCAAUGCUUCAGAGAAUUGGAACGGGGAUGUUUUUAUACAUCAUUUCAAUGGUAAUUGGAGCAUUAAUAGAGGUGAAACGGCUCAAGAAAGCUGAAGAACACGGCCUGGUUGAUACACCAAAUGUGACCAUUCCAAUGAGCGUGUGGUGGUUGGUUCCUCAAUAUGUAUUGUCUGGAGUUGGGGAUGCGUUAGCCAUGGUAGGUUUUCAAGAAUUUUUCUAUGAUCAGGCCCCAAAUGAAUUAAGGAGUGUUGGUAUUGCCCUCAACCUCAGUAUUUUUGGGUUAGGGAGCUUCCUGAGCAGCUUUCUCAUCUCUGCCAUUGAUAAAGUAACCGGUGGAGAUGGCCAUGAUAGCUGGUUCAAUGAUAACCUCAAUAAAGCACAUCUUGAUUACUUUUAUUGGCUUCUUGUUGGGCUCGGUCUAUUAGGAUUGGCUGGUUAUUUGUAUUUUGCAAAAUCUUACAUUUAUAAUAAGAGAGGUAUUGUAUGAAUGCACUUCAUUAAUCAUAAGACCCUAAAUGAUCAGUGGCAGAGCCAGCAAAUAGCUUGAGUGGGGCAACAUGUAACUCUUUAUUUAGGGGGGACAAAAGUUGCAAAUGGCCCGGGGGAGCAACAUGUAACUCUUUAUUUAAGGGGGACAAAAGUUGAACAAAAAACAUUUAUUGUCUAGUGGUAAAUAAAGAAAUUCUUCUUUGGAUCCA